ACCCCUCUGAUUCUGGGAAACCUUCCCAGGAGAGUGCAUCAGCCAUUUUGUUAAAGGCUCCUGAUAUGUGUUGUAUGUCAAAAUCAAAGUCCUGAAGAGCUAAACUCCACUGAAGAAGUUUUUUUGUUACUUUCUUAGACCGAGUGAAGCCACUUCGGUGCAGCAUGGUCAGUCUGCAGAUGGAACCACCUGUAGUGUGGUACAAAUUGUCGGUAAUACCUGGUCAAGCCCAAGAAGUAUUGGAUCUGCUUUUUUGCCUUAGGAUAUGCCAAUUUUGGAUAGCAUUUACUUUAGCCUGUAAGGGGUUGAUAGUUCCUUGCCCACCUGGUGUCCAAGGUACAUUACUCUGUUUAGGCCUUAAUGACAUUUCUUGUCCUUAAUGGUUAAUCCUGCCUCCCUUAUGCUCUUGAAGACAGCUCGGAGGUGUUUCAGGUGUUCCGCCCAUGAAUCUGAGAAUAUGGCCACAUUGUCAAGUGACCUUGAGUUCUCAGCUGCCCGUGUUAACAGCAGCUGAAAGACUGCAAAACCUGCAGAAGAAGCAGCGGAAAAGCAAAAAUGACCUGCUGCAAACAGUUAUGGAUCACUCUGCCAGAGAGAAUAAAAAACUGCAGGACUGGAGGGAAAGGGAAAGCAGGAUCCGCCAGAGAAAUGCAGUGGCCAGGAAGAAAAGCACAAAGCAGCUGAUAAGCAUCCUGGCGUGCCAAGAGGAUUCUAUCCAGGUGCUCGUAGCCAUGCAGGCAGAGCACUACCGCACCACCUCCCACCCCAAAGCUCUUUCCCUUGUGCCCCAAUGUCAGCUCAAAACCCCCUUCCCCAGCAUCCAAGUUCUUACCACCACCAGCUGCCUCCAACACCUGUACGUUCACCAACCAGCCCUGAGAACUAUGACCCUUACCCUCUGCACUCAACCCCCAUCUCCAUGCAGUAUUUUCACCCUGAAGUGCAGCAGUCAUUGCACAGCACUCCAGACAGGACGUAUUCAAACCUGUGACUAUACUGUUCCCCACCACACACCCCUGCCCUUUUAAGUUCCCAAAAUGUUGUGUGUCUGUCAAUAAAGUUAUUUUCUUUUCAAUAAAUGAAUUCUUGGCUUUGAAAACAGU